AUGGCAAACCAACGUUGGUCAGUCGAUAAAAAUAUAAAAUUCAUUAACGAAUACCAGCGUAACGAGUGUCUUUGGGAUCCAAAACACCCUCAAUAUAAAAAUAGAAAUGCUAGAGAGGCAGCCUACAAAGUAAUUAUGGAAACCAUGGAAAUGGACACUGUGAAAGAAGUUGUAAGCAAAAUACGGAUACUUCGUAAUACUUAUAACAACGAACUUUUGAAAGCAAAAAAAUGUAAUACGACGGGUAUGGGAACUGAUGAGGUGUACAUGUCUAAAAUACCUUGGUUGCCUCAUAUGCAUAUUUUGAAAAACAUUGAUAGUUACACCAGAGAAAAUACAGAGAAUUUGACACCAAACAUUGCACCCUACACUCAAGAAGCUUCAGUUUAUGAAUCCAACGAUGAAGAGUUCACUGUACCACGUAUAAAUUCAAGAAAUAAAAGGAAAUUAAAAGAUCCACUCCUUAGAGCAGUUGAUGCAUUAGAAAAAGUUUCAACGCAGCAGUUUUCAAAUAACACAGGUGAUGACGAAUUUGACCUUUUCGGACGCACUAUAGCUCAGAAGUUACGGCAGCUUCCAUUAGAAGCUGCCCUAGAGACCGAAGAAGUAAUAUUGGCUACUAUAAGACAGCAACGUGUAAAGCUAUUAAAACAGAGAUAG